UUCGCCUUCGAUGCUUACGCCCGCGGCCGCGGUCGCCUCCCGCCAUCCCCCCUCGCUGCAGGAGCUGCUGCGCUCGUGCCGCUCCAUCCAGCGCCUCAACCAGAUCCACGCCCACCUACUGGUCCACGGCUCCUCCUCCCUCGCCGCCGUCGCGUCCCAGCUACUCGCCUCCUACUGCGCUCUCUCCGCCGACGCCGGAUAUGGCGCGCUCUGCCACGCGCGCCGCCUGUUCGACGGAAUCCCCGACCCGGACAGGUUCACGUACAACACCAUCAUCAGAGCCUGCUGCAACGGCAGCCACCCGCAGGAAGCGCUCCGCCUCCACCGCGGCAUGCUCCGGCGAGGGGUGCUGCCCAACGAGUUCACCCUGCCGUUCGUGCUCAAGGCGUGCACGAGGGCGCGGGCGUGGGGCCACGCGCGGGCUGUCCAUGCCAUGGCCGUGAAGCUGGGCUUUGCGGGGCAGGUGUUUGUGGGGAACGCGCUUCUGCAUUCCUACGCCUCGGCUGGGUCUCUCGCGGACUCCAGGCGGUUCUUGGAUGAGAUGGUGGAGAGGAAUGUCGUAUCGUGGAACUCGAUGAUCGGUGGAUACGCGCAGGCAGGGGAUACUAGAGAGGUGCGCAAAUUGUUUGGGGAGAUGAGGCGUGAGGGGGUUUUGGAAGAUAAGUUCACGUUGGUCAGCCUGCUUCUCGCCUGCUCGCAAGAGGGAAACCUUGAAUUUGGCCGGCUUGUGCAUUGUCAUAUGUUGGUUAGUGGAUCUCGGGUUGAUCUGAUUCUUGGAAAUGCUUUGGUAGACAUGUACGGUAAGUGCGGGGAUCUGUGGAUGGCUCGUAGAUGCUUUGAAAUGAUGCCCCUCAAGAAUGUCGUUUCAUGGACGUCCAUGCUUUGCGCUCAGGCAAAACAUGGUUCAGCUGAUGCUGCAAGAGACUGGUUUGACCAGAUGCCAGAGAGGAACAUAGUCUCAUGGAAUGCCAUGAUAUCUUGCUACGUCCAAUGUGGGCAGUGCCAUGAAGCAUUGGAUCUUUAUAACCAUAUGCAGUCCCAGGGUCUUGCUCCAGAUGAGGUUACCUUGGUGGCUAUCCUCUCUGCUUGUGGACAAAUUGGUGAUUUGACUGUUGGAAAGAUUAUACACCUUUAUAUUAGAGACAAUAUCAGUAACCCUGAUAUCUCUCUUGUUAAUUCACUUGUGGACAUGUAUGCAAAAUGUGGUCAGGUAGACACAGCAAUUAGCCUGUUCAGUGAAAUGUGUCAUAGAAACGUUGUUUCUUGGAAUGUAAUUAUUGGGGGCCUGGCAAUGCAUGGCCGUGCACUGGACAGUAUCAUGUUAUUCAGAUCAAUGGUAAGUGACUCCUUCUCGCCUGAUGAGAUCACCUUCGUGGCCCUUCUUUCUGCAUGCAGUCAUGGGGGUCUCCUAGAAGCUGGGCAGCAUUAUUUUGAAGCAAUGAGACAUGUUUACAAUGUUAAGCAUGAAGUUGAGCAUUAUGCUUGCAUGGUUGAUCUUCUUGGCCGUCGUGGCUAUCUUGAAAAGGCUAUUUGUCUAAUAAAAGAAAUGCCAAUGAAGCCUGAUGUUGUGGUCUGGGGUGCAUUGCUGGGAGCCUGUAGAAUGCAUGGAAGUGUUGAGAUUGGCAGACAGGUGAUCAAGCAAUUACUUGAGCUGGAGGGCAUCAGUGGAGGUCUGCUUGUUCUAAUUUCAAACUUGCUAUACGAAACUCACCAGUGGGAAGACAUGAAAAGGCUCAGGAAGCUAAUGAAAGGGUGGGGGACCAGAAAGGAUAUGGGUAUAAGUUCAAUUGAAGUAAACAACAGGAUCCAUGAAUUUGGAGUGGAAGAGAGCAGACAUGAAAGCUCAAGCGAAAUAUAUGAAGCAGUUGAUCAGCUGUCAUAUCAUUUGAUUUCUCUGCAUUUCUUGACCGUGCAUCCAGAAGAGCUAUGUGUGGUAGAGUGAAGAAAUCUAUUUGGAAUUCUUUCCAGGAUCGGUUAUAAGCUCAUAAUGUUAUGCUACUAUACUACAGAGUUAGUCAAUAUACAAAAAUACAAAAUGAAGAUGAAUGUGGCUGGUGCAUUGCUUUGCAAGAUAGUGUUCAUUGCCAAGCAGACCGUCUGUUGUAGCCUGAAGAUGUCAUGGUUCGCUGGGCAAUCCACUCAACCAAAUCUACAGAUAGGCCAUCAUCUUGUGCCCACAAAUUCAGUAGUCACUAUCUCCUGUGACACUGAUGUUUCAACGAUAUCUGGAGAGACUAAAGCUCUGCAACAAGAAUUCAGCAAACGUUCACAGUGAAGCAUUUUGAGUUGGCAACAAAAGGUUGAUUGACCAUGGUAAGUUGGUAACAACCUUCACAAUUUCACGCAUCUAUACUGUACAAGCCCUGCAAAUUUUGUCCGGACGAGAAUACAAUCGGUUGGUUGAACUGAACGGCUGCAAGAUGGGAUGGAUCCGUGACCACAGUAGCCAGUUCGUGGUUCCUGCCACAUGCUUGUCUUAAUGGUGCACCGUGUUGCAUUGUAGCACAUAGUUAAGUAAGUGGGGGCCUGCAGUUUGCUGCCUGCCAGUUGAUUGAAGCCAGCAAUGUACACCUACCAGAGAGCGCCCAUGGACCAUCAUCCGUUGUGCUUUGGCAGUUAAGCGCCGAAAAGCUGUGAGUCGCCAUCGGCGCAGCACGACGCAAACCGCUAUUGGCCAUCGAGGGUUCGAGACACGCUCCAGGAUGCUGGAUGCCCACAGCACAUGGUCGCAUCACUUCGCCGAUCUGGAUCGGCAGCUUACUGGUUGGUACAGGUACACAUUUCUUGUGGUGCCGUUGCGAGUCGAUGGCUAGAUGAUUUGGUUCCGGGUAAUGGGAAUAUAUUGAUGCUUUGGGAGGUUGCUUUGCUCUUCUUUUUCUUUAUAGAAAUCAUGGAACUGCUUUGUUUUUUUAAAAGCUCUGAUGUUGGAUAAAGCAUGCUCCAGAGAACUUUCUUAUGAUGACUUACAUUCGGUUUUAAUUAAAAAAGUAUUAAAAAUCAA